CGCCAUAUAUGACUGACUGUUGUACAUUGCAUUUGUCUAGUAACUUGUAUAACGAUGAAGAGAACUCCACGCCGACGGAGUGCGUGUAGAUCGUGUAUUUCUGAAGGUACACUUUCUGACAUAUCAUUUGCGUCUACAAAGUCUACGCCAUUAUCCACAAAUGAAAGUCUGUUUAAAAAGCCAGAACUAUCCAACACGCAGGUUACCGCAGCUCUAGGUGGGAUGCAAAUACAGCAUCUAAAUCAUGAUAAAAAAUUUAUGUUAGUUGAUGCUGAUGACACUAUAGUCUAUAGCUAUAAAGAAGCAUGUUUUGCUGAGAAGACACAGAGGAAAGAAAAAGUAACAGCGCAGGCAAUAACUGGACUUAACGGUAGUUGCAUAUUUUCUUUGUAG